UAGCGACAAUAUGUUAUCCAUCAUGGGUGCACAGAUUCACCGCACUUGUAUGUGUUCACAUGCAGUCUUUAGAUUAUUAAGUACAUCAUACCCGGACCCCAUGGCUUCGAAUGAACUUUUAUGGAGUGAAUUAUUGCGUGUGUUGAUGUAAGUAUAUUUUGGAUGAACGAUUCAAUCAGGUGGGCUAGUUUACUAACUACAGGUAUUCCGGCAUCCGUGUAUGGACAGAUCAACAUUAUUUUUCAGAUAAGUAGUUUGUUCAAUUCUUCUGCAGAUGGGUAAAAAAGGGAAAGUUUUUAGGGGAUUAUUUGAAUAUUUUGAUAAACAACAUAAAAUCGAGCGAGGAAUAUUUCAUUGGACAAAAUAGAAUAGUUAUGAUUUUGUGUAAACUUGAACGCAAGUAACGGGUCAAGGAAAAGCUUUUUGUAUGUUUUUUUUUUCUGAUGUCAGUUGGAGAUAACAACUUCGGACAGCAUAAUUCUAUUUUUCUCAGCGGAGCUCUUGAGUUAGCGGAUAGUAAAAUAGUACUAAGAUUGAAUUAUUAACUCAAAGCAGUGGAAAGACCUUUCUAUUUAUAAAUAUAUGAAGUAGAAAAUAUUUAAUUGAUGUAAAAUUUAUCGUGGUCAGGAAGGUUUGAACCUUACGUUUUACAGAAGUUCAAGACGGUAACACACGGUUAUGUUCGAACUGAUUUUUCUGCCCCGAAGUGGGUAGGUUAUAAGAUCAGAAAAUAUGUACAUGAACAUAAUUCUAUAAUUCUGUUGUGUUCUUUGGGAUAAGAACCAAUUAAAAACUUUUUUUAACACCCUUUGUAUAGUUCGGAUUAUGUUUCGAAGUUUUAGUGCUUUGAAAUUAUGUUGAGUUUUCUCAAAUAAGUAUUUAGUUUUUAUUAGCUCUUCAUUCACUUAGGAACAUUUAUCAACAAAAGCAUUUUUGUUCGCUUUGAUAAUUUCAAAUGUAGAGAAACUCAACUUUUUUAAAGGUUCCAACUUAUGGUUCCUUUUUCAACAUUAUUAUUAGCUGCCCAACAUAAUCCGAAAUGUAUAACCCGAACCUCUUCAAUUUGUAUCUCAAGAUACAAAAAUCAAAAGCCACAUUGCACUGACAUAAACUUAGAAACAAAAGAUAACUUGUGGAUAUAUAAUACAAUUCUCACUACCACGAUAGCAAGUGAUUCCAGAACUCAAGAAUGUAAAUGCUUAUAAAAAACACACAAGCGAUCAAUUAGUCUUUCAUUAAUGUUUCGACAGCUCAAGAAAAGAUUGCGCUCUACAGAAGGUUCAGAGUUCAUUUAUUACGUAACUAGAUAGAGAACUUCUUUAUUAUCAAAGUUUGUAUAUAAUCAUCUCAAUAUCUUAAAACAGAGAAUAUCAGUCUGUUACUAAAUCGUGAAUUAAAAAAUGAUCGAAUUUUCAUGUUCAUUCAUCAUCGCUUAACUUGUUGCAAUUCAAGUUAGGUUUUUCAUAGAGAGCUCUCAAAUAAAAAAUCGGUUAACCAUCAACUUGAUAUGCCAUUGGAUUACGCGACCAUAUUAAAGAGUUAUUUUUACAAAUUUAUGUUUACACUUGGUAACAGUCGUUAACUUUUUUUUAUCACCAUUUAACCUAACAUACUCAUGCCAGCUUAUAAACUGACAGCUUUCUAUAGAAACUUUAUGAGUCAGGAAAAUAAUAUUUAUUGUUCACAGUAACACUAGUCAAAAGUGUCUCCCAACCAAUUCCUUUAACCCCUCUCCAACCAAAAUUAUUUUGCUAGGAUGCAGAGGUGACCUGGGUCUUAAAGCACAAAAUAGGUCUUUCAUCCUUUACUCUUUCUUUCAAUCUAUCCACUGACUACAAGGACGUGGCUGACGCCGUUAUUGACGUUGAAAGAGAGAGCAUCAGUUUUGUGCAGUGUGAAUGAGCUGCUAAUCUUAAGCACCAUUCAUCUGACCUCUGGAUAAAAUUGAUGGCCACCGUGAAUCACGGAGUAGCAACCAUUGGCGAUGUGGAACUUGUUCUACUGAGCCACGCCAGCGAUCGUGGAACUCGAAGUGAUUGUUAUCAUAUUUCGAUUUUGGAACAAGUCAUGCAUACAUUUUCUUUAACCAUGCAUUUCGGGUUUUACGGUUUAAGGUGGAUGUGAGUAGUUAAUCAAGCUAAGCUACAGGUAUUCCGUGAUCCGUGUAUAUACCGAUGCUCAAAAACUUUAAUAUUUUCGUCACUUUAGAACCUAGUUGGUUUUUUUUAAAUAUAGCUGUAAAGAUAAAAAGGAGAUUUCUUAAUUGCUGAAAAAUAAAUAUUAUAACAAGUACAAAACUAAUCCUCAUGAAAAUAAACUUAAAAAAAAUCGUACUUAUGUAGAAAAGAGGGAUGCUUACUAUACCCCGGGUGUUCGUAACUCCCUUAUCCCUCCUUUGUUCCUACUCGGAAGAAAGAAAAUAUUUGUCAACAUGCUAAAGUGAAAGUAAAAAUUUCCAUUUCAUUUCGACUGUCUUUAUCUUUGUGAAAGUCUUUCGUCAGUACAUUACGCAUUUGCAGUAAUUAGUAGGUAUCGGUACUCUAUAAAACUUUAUAUCAAUGGAUCGAUCGGCUCCAGUGCUUCAGUAAACUUGCAGCAGUGCCCCGAAAAUGGAGACGCGAUUAGUGCCAGUAGUUUUGAGUUUUCUUGUGCUGUUAAAAUGGACCAGUCACGUGUCUGCGCAACUAGGAUUGGCCCCUUAUCCGGCCAUCGUACAGAUGGGAACCUUCAACUCAACUAAUCAAGUUUGUUUCUACAAACGAAUCAACCGAAAUGCCCUGAGUCCCAAAGUGGUCACCUUUCAGAACCCUACAACCCUCCCAAUCAACUAUAUUCUGGUGCAGCAGACUCCGCGGGUUUGGGGUGGCUUCGAUGUGGAGAUCGUGGGUGGUGCUCUGGGAUCUCCACUAAUCAGUUUACAAAUUACGGCAUCCGCUUCGAGGUUUACUUUUGCGAACCAAAUCAAGAUUGAAAUGAUGUGUACAAAUCCUUCGACUACAUCGACUACACCGGCUACAACGACAACAGUUGGGUCCUCAACAACUUCAGGUACCAGUACAGUUGCAUCCACCACAAUGUCUUCAUCAACAAGUACAACGGUUACCGUAUAGUCUCUUAUAUUGUGUUAAAUAAAUGAACAUUUGAAAAUUA